AUGGCGACUCGACAGCGAACUGCCACCACUGUUGUGGUCGAGGACCUUCCCAAGGUCACUCUUGAGGCCAAGUCUGAACCUGUGUUCCCCGAUAUCAAGACCAUCAAGGAUGCCAUCCCCGCGCACUGCUUCCAGCCCUCGCUCGUCACCUCAUUCUACUACGUCUUCCGCGAUUUUGCCAUGGUCUCUGCCCUCGUCUGGGCUGCUCUCACCUACAUCCCCAGCAUCCCCGACCAGACCCUCCGCGUCGCAGCUUGGAUGGUCUACGGCUUCGUCCAGGGUCUGUUCUGCACCGGUGUCUGGAUUCUCGGCCAUGAAUGCGGCCACGGUGCUUUCUCUCUCCACGGAAAGGUCAACAAUGUGACCGGCUGGUUCCUCCACUCGUUCCUCCUCGUCCCCUACUUCAGCUGGAAGUACUCUCACCACCGCCACCACCGCUUCACCGGCCACAUGGAUCUCGACAUGGCUUUCGUCCCCAAGACUGAGCCCAAGCCCUCCAAGUCGCUCAUGAUUGCUGGCAUUGACGUCGCCGAGCUUGUUGAGGACACCCCCGCUGCUCAGAUGGUCAAGCUCAUCUUCCACCAGCUUUUCGGAUGGCAGGCGUACCUCUUCUUCAACGCUAGCUCUGGCAAGGGAAGCAAGCAGUGGGAGCCCAAGACUGGCCUCUCCAAGUGGUUCCGAGUCAGUCACUUCGAGCCUACCAGCGCUGUCUUCCGCCCCAACGAGGCCAUCUUCAUCCUCAUCUCCGAUAUCGGUCUUGCUCUAAUGGGAACUGCUCUGUACUUUGCUUCCAAGCAAGUUGGUGUUUCGACCAUUCUCUUCCUCUACCUUGUUCCCUACCUGUGGGUUCACCACUGGCUCGUUGCCAUUACCUACCUCCACCACCACCACACCGAGCUCCCUCACUACACCGCUGAGGGCUGGACCUACGUCAAGGGAGCUCUCGCCACUGUCGACCGUGAGUUCGGCUUCAUCGGAAAGCACCUCUUCCACGGUAUCAUUGAGAAGCACGUUGUUCACCAUCUCUUCCCUAAGAUCCCCUUCUACAAGGCUGACGAGGCCACCGAGGCCAUCAAGCCCGUCAUUGGCGACCACUACUGCCACGACGACCGAAGCUUCCUGGGCCAGCUGUGGACCAUCUUCGGCACGCUCAAGUACGUCGAGCACGACCCUGCCCGACCCGGUGCCAUGCGAUGGAACAAGGACUAG